AUGUACCGAGUCCUGCUCUCAACUUUUCAUUCUCAUAUUCUUUCUGAAACUCAUCGACUCUUCUACUGGAACAUCACAAUGAAGAUCAUUAUUAUUGGUGCUGGGAUCGCCGGAUGUGCAGCUUACCUGGAGCUGCAAAAGCACCUCCCGCAGCCUACCAAAUCGGAUGAAUCCUAUGAGGUCACUAUGUACGAGGCAUACGAUACAAACCAGAGCAUCACACCUGAUGAAAGAACAGAGGAACACACGCAUUCAUCAACACUACUUGUGGGAGGCGGACUAGGUGUUGCUCCCAAUGGAUUGAACGUAUUGAAGCGCCUUGACGAAGAGCUAUUGAAGGAUGUUGUCCGCGGGGGAUACGUUACGGCAAUUUCUAACAUGAAAAACAAAAAUGGCUGGCCCCUGUUCUCCAUGAACAGUUUUUCUUCAGACGACAACAGCAAAAAUAACAACAACAGCUCCCCCCAUAUGCUCGCAACUAGUCGCCACUCGCUUUGGACUGCUCUGCGGGGGCGAAUUCCAGACGACCAUAUCGUCCACAAAAGAGUAGCCCAAGUUACUGCCCGAUCUGACGGAAUCAAUUUGAUUCACUUUUCCGAUAACAGCCCUCCAGUGGAGGCUGAUCUGAUUAUUGGCGCAGACGGUGUCCGAAGUAUUGCUAAGCUGGCACUUUUCCCGGGUGCUGAAGAAGAUCCAUAUCCCCCAAACUACGAAGGUCUCGUCGGGGUUGGGGGCUUUAUCCCUGCCGCAGAUGUAAAGGGUCUUGUCGAACCGGGCUCGAUGAAUUUUGUCUUUGGUGGAAACGGGUUCUUCGGAUAUUUCUUCUCGGAAAGCUCUGUGUCCGCUGCUAACCGGAACUCGCCUUAUCACGUCUCCGAGCCAGGUGACUCCCUUGCUUGGUGGUCAACCUACGAGAUCGAAGAAUGUCCUGAUCGCAAAACACUCGACAUGGUCGACGUGACUCGGCAACUGCGUGAGAGACAUGGUAAUUGGAAGGAACCUGUUGUGAAAAGGAUAAUCCAAUCCCUUCAGGUUGAAAAUAUAUAUCCAACAUGGACUUUACCUGCUCUUCCAACGUGGGAGCGGGAUGGUGUCGUUCUCGUUGGAGAUGCAGCACAUGCGCUCCCUCCAAGCUCUGGUCAAGGCUCUUCUCAAGCAUUAGAGGAUGUUGAGGCUUUCGCCUUGCUUUUGGCCCAUCACCUUCAGGACGGGGUAACGCCAAGGGCCCGGGGGAAUGCAAUCAAAGCCGCCGCUUCGCAGUAUGUGAAUUUGCGUCAGCCGCACGUCAACGAAAUUUUGGAAUAUGCACAAAAGACACAGAACAGCAAGCGUGAGAUGGGCAUCUUGAAAGAGUAUUCUAUGUAUGCUGUGAUGAAAAUAAUGGGUGAGAGUUUUCUUGAUAUAUUCUAG